CCAGCUCGCGGAGGAUACAACUAAACAAAUCAAUCAUCAGAUGAAGUGUAGAAUCUAGACCGGGUGAUGCUACAAUGAGAGUGUGUGUAACUUUUUAUGGAGAGAUGUACCGCGGACAUCGCAUCGGCAAAAUCGGUCUGUUCGGCAAUCUCGCUGUUACUUGCGGAUGGCCUUAUUACCACCAACCUAGAUCUCGCACAAUUCGGUCGACAUCGAAAGGGAUGAGGUGGUUGCCUGAAGAGAGGGAAGAUAUAAAGAUCGAAGGUAAAAUAUUAGACAUGUAUCAACACAACCAUCUCAUCGUCUCUCAAUAAACAACUUCAUAGUGUACAUCCAUAACCCUGCAGUCAUGGAAGCAGCAGCACAGAACAUCCGCGAACUGUACGCAAAGAGCAAUGCUCGUGAACGACAACAAAUCCAAGAACAGGUUCGAGACCUGCAAAAGGAUCUUUAUAGCGACUGGGAGAUGAUGUUCAGCCUAGCGAUGGCACCUCUUCAAUGGGCUCUUGUUGAUGUUGGAAUCGAUCUCAACAUCUUUACCACGCUCUCCUCAUCCGCGACGCCGAUGACGCACGGGGACUUCCAGGAAAAGACAGGCGCAGCACCGAACCUACUUGCCCACUUGCUCCGCUCUAUGGCAUCAUUUGGACUUAUCAAAGAAGUUGAGAAAGACGUUUUCGCAGCAAGCCGAACGACACGCGUCUUCGCAGAUCCGCAUGUCAACGGCGCCGCACCACAUCUAUCGAAGCUCCACCUGCCGGUUGUAAACGCGCUUCCUGGCUACCUAAAAGGGCACGACUACCAAGACAUCACCAACCCCAAGGAUCUGCCAUUUCAUAUGGCAAUGAAUACGGAACUGACGCCAUUCGAGUGGAUGAAGCAGGAUGGUGAGCAGAUGAAAGCACUCGGCCACAUCAUGGUGCUCGACUCUGUCGAUAGUUGGGUCUCUUCAUACCCUGCUCAGCAAGUUGUUGGCGACUUUGAGCCUGCAGACGAAUCUGCGCUUCUGGUUGACGUUGGCGGCGGUUUCGGUCAACAUUCUGUGGCAUUCAAAAAGAAGUUUCCUGAGCUCCCCGGUCGUAUCGUCGUACAAGAUGUCCCUUCGACUCUUGCACAUGCGCCCAAAGUGGAUGGUAUCGAGUUCCAAACCCAUGACUUCUUCACGCAGCAACCGAUUCGUGGUGCUAAGUUCUACUACUUGCGCCAUAUCAUGCAUGAUUGGGCGGAUGAAGACUGUGUGCGCAUCCUCUCAAGCAUCAUCCCGGCAAUGGGCCCAGAAUCGCGCAUCCUGAUCGAUGAGGUGGUGUUACCAGAAACAAAGGUACCUUGGCAGGUUGCUAUGAUGGAUCUUGCGAUGAUGGCAGCGCUCGGCGGCAUUGAAAGGAGUAGGAAGGAUUGGGCGAAGUUGUUUGAAAGCGCAGGACUGAAGAUGGUGGACGUGCAUUGCUAUGACGAUGUGAGGUUCCAUUCCGUCAUUGCGGCUGUACCGAAGUGA